ACAGAACGUAGUCGCGAGUUUCGUGCACGUUAAAAACAAUUAUUGAACAAUCAAAAUAGAUGUUCAGAUAUAAGUGUCAAUGUGACUGAUGUAAUAAAUGACCACUCUCAGCAACAAAAUAGUGUUCCAACGGGAUAUAAUUUAGUAAAUAAUGAUUAUAACCCUCCAGUAGAUGUACAGCCAGAAAUUCCAUACUCACGGUUUCGUCGAAAUAAGUUUGCUCAUAAAGAAUUUAACGACAAGUUUUUUAAACAAUAUGUUUGGUCAUAAGUGCUCCGUUUGUGAUCGAUUGUGGUUUAAGUUAGAUUUAAAAUCACCACGUGCUGAAGAUGAACAAUUAUUAAGGGUAAUAGUUGAAAAUUACAAUACAGUUGAAGAUAUUUUACUGUGCAACACGUGUUACCAAGCAAUUGGGAGGAAAGUGAUUCCUAUAAUGUCUACUUAUAACGGUUUUAAAUAUGAAAAAAUACCUGAGGUUUUACCACCGCUUGACUUAAUUUCGGAAAGACUUGUCUCACCACGAGUUCCAUUUAUGCAAAUUCGACGGUUACGACAUGUUCAUGGGCAAUAUGGAAUUUAUGGACAAAUCAUUAAUGUACCAGUCGAGGUAAACAAUAUGGUAAAACUCUUACCCCGUAAUGUCGAUGAUGAUUACUGUAUUAACGUACACAUUAAAAAGAAAAAUAAUACAUAGAUCAAGCUAUUUAAUGGGACUAGUUAAUAAAAGGACAAUUCGUGCAUGGCUUCAGUAUUUGCUUCAAACUCCACUUUAUUUAUUUUACGAUAUUAAAAUUGAUGAAAGCUUCUUCAACAAUAAUAGUAAUAAUGAAAUCGAUCUAGAAGAAAUGAGUGAAGAUAUACCGGUCGAAGAGAGUCUAACAGCACAACAGAAAACUCUACUUUGGAAUGAAGAUAUGUAUUUACGGAUCGCUCCUGGAGAAUAUAAUAUUCCCAAAAGUAUAAUUUUUGAUGAACAUGCCGAAGAACUUUCUUUCCCAUCGAUUUAUUUGGGUCAUUUCCGAAAAUUCAGAGAGGGAGUAAAUGCAACACCGUUCGCAAUAGCAACUAGCGAAUUACGAAGAUCAGAUCGGCGUGGAGUUACUCCACAUCAUUUAUUAUAUCUAGCAAUGAAAAUUAUGAGGUUAAGAGUUCGUGACUCGCUUACGAUUGCAUUUAAACAUGUGGGAAAAAAUACUAAUAUUACACGGCAGCAAGUUGAGUCAGCUGACUACAUUAAUAAUUGUAUCGAAAGUAAUUUAGCUUUUCUGCGCUCAAUACCAAAUUCAGUAUGGUAUUGGAGCGAUCGAAAAGAGAUCUUUUUGCGAUGAUUCGGCAACUAGGAAAACCUACGAUGUUUCUUACUUUGAGUGCCAAUGAAAUCGGAUGGACCAAUUUAAUACAAUUAUUGUACAAAUUAAAAAAUAACGGUACUGAAAUUUCAGCUGAACAAGCUGCGUCACUGGAUUACAUAUCUAAGACUACACUAGUGAAUGAAGAUGCUGUGACCUGUGCUAUCUAUUUUAAUAAAAUAGUCAAUAUAUUGAUAACUAUUCUCCAAUCAAAGAAGAACAGCCCAUUUGGAAAUUAUUAUGUUGUCGACUAUUUUAAACGAAUUGAAUUUCAGCAUCGUGGUAGUCCUCAUGCACAUAUUUUAUUGUGGCUGAAUGACGCUCCAUCAGAUCCUCUUGGUACAAACUAUCAAGAUACUGUAAUGAUGAUUGAUCAAUUGAUAUCAAUUUCUUCAUCAGAAGCUUCUGGACAUAUUCGCUUGCAAAGUCACAAACAUACCUUUACCUGUUAUAAAAAGUACAUGCCAAUCAACCUCAGAAAUGCCGAUUUGAUGCUCCAUUUAUGCCAUGUAAAUCCACUACAAUAUUAAAACCAAUGCAGAAAGAUCAUCCAGGAUAUGCUGAUUACGCUAAGCGGUAUAAACAAAUACAAAUUAAUCUUGAGAACAAUGAUUACGAGAAUAUUGAAAUGUUUUAUGCACAAAAUCAUAUAACUUCUGAUAAUGAUUAUUUUCAUAUUCUUGAAGCUGGAAUUACCAGACCUAAAGUAUUUUUGAAGCGACAACCUAAAGAAAAAUGGCACAACCCUUUCAAUCCUUUUAUUCUCAAUGUCUUACAAUCAAAUACAGAUAUGCAAUUUAUUAUCGAAGAAUACUCAUGUGCAGCGUAUGUUGUUGAAUAUGUCAAUAAAACUAAUAGGGGUAUAAGUAAUUUACAAAGACAAAUUCAUGAAAUCAUGGAUGAAAACCCUGAGUUUGAUAUAGUAGAAAUAACUAGAAAAAUGAGUGUUAAUAUGCUCAACACCGUUGAAUUAACAAGCCAGGAAGCAGCGUGGUACCUUCUUCGUGAACCUAUGUCUAGAAGUUCAGUCUCCAUAGUUUAUAUUCCCACCGUUUGGCCUAUUGAACGACAGCGUAUUAGACGAACACAAAAAGAAUUAGAUGAAUUAAAUAUCGAUGAAGAUUCAACAAGUAUUUGGAAGGAAAACUGGUUUGAUAAAUACGAGAAGCGGCCACAAGAAAUGGAAGAAUUAUCACUUGCACAAUUCGUUGCUAAUUUUACUAAAAAUUCGCAAGGUGAUUAUAUUCGUCGAAAGCAACAACGCAUCAUUCGUUAUAGGAAUUAUGACAUAGCCUCAGAUAUAAAUGAGUAUAAAAGAGAAAUGGUGACUUUGCAUAUCCCAUUUCGGAAUGAAGAAUUCGAGAUUCUUGAAGAGAUGAAAUUUAUUAGGAUUUACGACGAAAAUGAAAAUCAAAUUCUGGAGCGACGUAAAGAGUUUGAAUCUGACUUAGACAUUAAUAAAACUAUAGAGCUAUGCCGAAAACUAUGUCGCGAAAAUGAAGAAGCAGACGAUGACGAUGAGAUUCAUGAUAUUGCCACUAGAUUUCCAGAAAUUAAUCCAUUCCAAACGCUAUAUGACAAUCCGAAUUCGGAUGUAAACAGUGAUUUACGUCUCGCAACCCUAAAUAAACUUGGUGCCAUUGCAAAACGGAAAGAAAAUUUAAUGCCUAACGACCAAUAUUAUGAGCUGAUGAAAAUGGCAAACCAAAAACAAAGGAACUUUUGAUGCACGUCAUUUACAAUCUUCAGUUGGAAGAUCCUCCUCCGCUGCAAAUAUUUUUUACAGGACCAGCUGGAUGUGGUAAAACAUUUGUUAUUAAAUUAUUAAUGGAAAUUUAUAAUCGAUAUUCUGAAAGUGAUGGGUUUUGUAAUGCUUAUAUCGCUUGUGCUUCUACUGGUAAAGCUGCUGUGGCUAUCAAUGGGACAACAGUACACACUGCACUGAAGAUAAGUCUUUCAAAGUUGCUUCCUUUAUCAAUUGAAGUAGCCCAACAAUAUAGAUCACUUUUUAAAUAUGUUCGUGUAUUGAUUAUCGAUGAAAUUAGUAUGAUUGGAGCCGAGUUGUUGUCCCAAAUAGAUUCAAGGUUAAAGCAAAUCACCGGUAAUUUUGAAGUCCAUUUUGGUGGAUUAGAUAUAAUUUUGAUUGGUGAUCUACGUCAACUACCGCCAGUUCGUGCUACCCCAAUUUACAAACAAAUAAAACGACAAAUAGCAGGUUCAACACUAUGGCGAGGGUUGAAAUUUUUCGAACUAAACGAAGUUAUGCGACAAGCUAAUCAAAGUUUUGCAACAAUAUUAACAAAAAUUGGUAAUGGACAGUUGUUAGAUCAGGAAGAGCUAGAUUUAAUUGAGUCACGGAUUUACUCUGAAGAAGAAGCUGAGAGACUUUGUCCAGACGGUAUACGAUUGUUUUUUAAUAAUCAUUCAGUUGCUGAAUACAACAAUAAAAUUUUGAAUUCUAUAGAAGAAAAAGUGAAUUCAGAGGCAACUGAUAUAUAUAUUGGAUGUAGAAAUGUUCAACAGCAAACUUCUAUGCGUCAAAAAUUACAUAAAAUGUCAACUAUUGAUACAGGAGGUUUGCCAUAUCAAAUUACAUUGGUUUUGAACAAACCAUACAUGAUAACAACUAACAUCGAUGUAUCAGAUGGAUUAGCAAAUGGAGCGACGGGAAAAUUAAUUUUCAUUGAAUAUAAUGACAAAGGAGAGAUAGGUCGUUUAUGGCUAGAAUUUCCAGAAUCUCCAAAAAUCGGAGAAAAAUUGAGAAGAAAGGCAGCGGCAUCAAUUCAAAAAAAUAAUCUUCAUCCACUGGCAGUACCAAUAGAUCGCAGAACAUCAUCUAUACCACUAGUACCUAAUAAAACCGUUAUUGUAAAACGUAAUCAUUUCCCAUUAGUCUCUGCAUGUGCAAUGACGAUUCACAAGUCCCAGGGAGCUACUUUUGGUGAGAUUGUAUAUGAAUAUGAUAAAUCACACGUUCAACAACUCCUGUACGUCGCAUUAUCACGAGUUACAUCAAUAAACGGCUUAUAUCUCGUUUCAAAAAAAAUGAUAAAAAAUUUUACCAUGGCCGAAGAGCGUCAGUAUCUACAAUUGAUCUACAACAUGAAUUUCGAAGGCUGAACUUGAAUCGACUUGAGACAAUUACAAAUGUUUUAUAUGAUUUCUUAAAUAAAAGAAAAGGGAUGUCACUGUUUACCUUUAACUGUCAAAGCUUACGAGCUCAUGUACAAGAUCUGCAACAUGACAAUAUAGUGUCAUCGUCAAAUUUUUUAAUUCUUUCGGAGACAUGGAUGAAUAAUGAAGAUAUUGUAGACAUUCCAAAUUUUAAUAUUGUUGUUAAUUACAAAAGACCACGUACGAGGGCAGGCGGAGUAGCAAUUUAUCACAACGUAAAUGAUGGAGCCCGUGUUGUUACGCCACAAAUGGAUCUCAAUGCACAACAGCUAGAAUCAUUGUCUGUUCAGCUUUCGAAAGUUGGAGAAAUAUGUGCCUGUGAGAGCAGAAAUGACCAAGGAGAUUUAAUUUUGAUCGUAGCAAUUUACAUCUUUCCCAACCAAUCAAUAAAAUCAGUUAUUGAAUUUAUACAUGAAAAUUUGAUCAAAUAUACCCCAGAGGUAUCGCGAAUUCUCAAAAAGAAUUAUGAUAAAAUUUCGAUGAUUUUAAGUGGGGAUUUUAACAUAAAUUUUGCAUCAGAUACAGCGCUUCCUUUGAUUGAGUUUCUCGAUACAACAUUUUAUUUAAAAAUGUGUAACAAUCGCACUCAAUCAACUACAAGAUCAAAAACGGUAAUAGAUGCAGUGUUCCAAAGAUAUAUCAACCAAAUUGAAACUAAAAUAUUUGUAUCGUAUUUUAGUUAUCAUAAGCCUCUUGUAUCAUUUGUUGAAACUGAAAAUAUGGAACUUGAGUAAUAGAUUAUGUAACAUAUGUUAAAUAAAAUAUAAAAUAUCUUUUAAAAUUAA